AUGCAGCUGAAAGUGAGCCAUGUGCUGCGCUGGGCACAAUGGGCGUCCAAGAAGCUGGGCUGGCGACUUUGGGCACCUAGGUAUUGGCCGACCUGGUAUGCCCACACUGCAUUGCAGCAACUCAUUGUACUGGGCAUCAAGGAGAUUCGCAGUGCAUUUCAAUGGUCUGCUUAUGAACGACAGAUUCUGACGCUCAAAGACACUGCGCGCAUAGCUGUGGAUUGGGUGGUGCCAAAGCCGGAAGACGCUUUGCCCAAUGGCCCAGUUUGCGUGUUGCUGCACGGUGCCAUCCAGGACAGUCGAAGUGCCACGAUGAAGGACAUGGCCAAAGACUUGGCCAAGCGGGGCUUGCUGACCUUGGUCAUGAACCGCCGUGGCUACGGAGAUCUGGCCAUGGAUGCAGAGUCUGCACGGGUGACUGUCUUCGGCUUCGAUGAGGAUUUGGAUGAGGUGCUCCUCAUGGUCGGACAAGUGGCCCCCAACCGGCCCAUUGCGGUGGUGGGCUUUUCGUGUGGCUCAGGCUUUGCUGGGAGGUAUGGAGCCUUGCGCUCCCACUUGUCCGCGUGGAAGGAUGACAACGGACUCUCAAAGACCGUUCCACGGUUGCUUUGCGUGGUUGCUUAUGAUCCUGGCUAUGAUGUUGUCAAGGCCAUGCAAAAGGUCCCAAGGCCUUACCGUUGGGGCUUGGACUUGGCCUUCCGCUACCAGUACGUCUAUCGACACCGAGAGACCUGGAAUCAGAAGUCACCCUCCAGUGCCGAGGUGGUGAAGUUGGCGCUGGAUCCCGGGCGUGGCUUCAACGAAGUCUACCGGAACGUCACCAAGCUUGCAGGCUUUGGUUGCAGCAACGCCUGGGUCGAGAAGCAGCAGCCGGACUUGCAAGAGAUGCAGGUUCCAUGUUUGCUCAUCAACUCGCGAGACGAUCCCAUUUGCAUUUGGGAGAACGUGGAGGAGCACAAGUCAGCCAUUGAGAAGAAUCCAUUUUUGGCCUUGGCGGAGCUGCAGCGUGGAUCUCACGGCUGCAAGUUCGAUUUCUGGGGCUACAAUUCCGUUGGAAACCGCAUGAUUGGUGACUUCGUCCUUGCCUCCUGGGAGGAGCUCAAGCGAAGCUGA